CGUGAUCCUGCUGCAGCAUAACCGGUUUCAAGAGUUGGGUUUUUUUUUUUUAAAUCGUCCCAUUCAUCUACUGUACAACCGACCGAACCAACACCAGGCCAGUGCAGGUCUGGUGUGCUUUGCCACCAAGCUGGAUCUACUCUGUUGGCUAACAUGCUUGGUGGGCGCGCUGGCGCUCGUGCCGAUCGAAGCGAUCGCAUUGCAGCACCAGCUCGAUGCGUCCGACGAAACCGGUCACGGUGGGCCAACGCUCGAGCAGGACAACGGCAAGGCGGCAACGACCGGCCUAACCAAUAACGGUCACACCGGUGGAGGGCACCAUCAUCACCGGCAGCCGGAAAUCGUUGACGAUGCGUUAGUGCACGAAGAGGAGGAAACGGUUGUGCCGCAGGUUUCGCGCAGCAUCAGUGCCAGCCAUGGCAGGGGUUACGAGCGGACAAACGGUGGUGGUAACGGUGCCGCUACAACCGGCCGCAAUGGUCACAAUGCAAGCAGCAAUGGUAACACCGCGGGUAGCGGUACCAGCAACGGCAACAGCGAAUCCACUUCCUUCCGUGCGCCGAAAAAAGCACCCCAGGAAGGGAAUGGUGUGCAUCACGACAAUGAGCACACGAUCCGGAUGCUGAUCGACUGGAACUUCCCGAAGUGCUUUAGCUUCGAGCCGAAGGAGCACCUGUACUACCACAUCGGGCAUGCUCUGUUUCUGGUGGCCUUCCUUGCACCGAACAUCCCGUGCGGGUUCCUGUGGUUGCGCUGUGCCGCCAUCGCCGGCUGCAUACUGAUGGUGCUGUGGGGCUGGUUCGUCGCCUGCAGUCUGGAUGCGGUCGUUUGGUUCAGCCUGUUCCUGCUGGUGAAUGCCGUGUACGUGGUGGUGCUGCUCUGCAAGCUGCGCCCGGUUAAGUUCGAGAAGGAGAUUGAAUCGGUGUACAUUGCCUUGUUUAAGCCGCUGCGCGUGUCGCGCCAUCAGUUCAAGAAGGUGCUGAACUGCAUGAAGAUAGUACGGCCGCUCAAGUACCAGGAAAUUUACGUGCAGGAGAAAAUAACCAAAGUCGACAGUUUGUCCCUUGUGCUGUCGGGAAAAUUAGUAGUUUCACAGAAUCAAAAAGCGCUUCAUAUAGUAUUUCCUCAUCAGUUUCUCGAUUCACCCGAAUGGUUCGGUGUCUCUACCGAUGACUUUUUUCAGGUGUCGAUCAUGGCGAUGGAGGAGUCGCGCGUACUCAUCUGGCACCGGGACAAGCUGAAGCUAUCCAUCAUGGCGGAACCAUUCCUACAGGCAGUGUUUGAUCACAUCCUCGGACGGGAUGUGGUGAAAAAGUUGAUGCAGGUUACGCAGGUCAGCGAAACGAUGGCGCAAAGCAAUGGUUGCAUUGCGUCAGGUUAUGGCGAUGAUUCGGAAGAUAAACCAAUGCUGGUGAUGAAGAGCAAAGCUUCCGAUAAUGGCGGGCAUGGCCUGACGGCCUUGAUCAAUCGUCAGCUGCAAGCUCUCCCACGGAUCUCGAAGUAUUAUUACUGUGUAGCAACUGAUCAUAACGCCUGGCGGCUGGGCCGUAUCGACGAAACUGACCAUGAGACGGCCGUAUAGGAGUCGGACACCAUCGCAACACACCUAUCACCGUCUGCGCGUGUACCAUACGUGGAUGAGGCCGCCGGUACUGCUGGCAGCAGAACAACACUUUCAACACAACCAAUUUUGUGAUACUAUAAAUGUUAUUAUCUGUAAGAGGCCGUGGCCAUGUUAAAAGAAAAUAGAAAGUAAAGGGAGAUAGAGAGAGAGAGAGAGAGAGAGAGAGAUAGAGAGAGAGAGAGAGAGAAAGAGAGAGAGCACAGGAACAAAGGAAAAGAUUGAUAGUAUAAAGUUUAUAAAAGGAUCCCGAAGACGGAAUUGUUGGAUAGUGAAUGUGUUUGAGGAGUUGACACUGUUGAUGGAUUUAGACUUUAGUAGGCAUUUAUGGCUGCAAGUCAAACCACAUGAGAGGUAUAGCGUGCUGCAAGCAGCAUAGACAUCUUAACUAGGGUUCCAAAAUUUCAUCCCGUACUGUCGAAGCGGAAAUUCGUGCCUCAGUUGAAGGCAGUAAUUGUUCACUUAAAACCUUCCACUAAGUUUCGCCCAUACUAUCGCCCACUAUCUCAUUCCGUAUGUGUUUUCUUUUGUCUGCAUACUGUAUUUUAAAUUUUACAAACAAACAAACAAAAUGGUUUACUUAUUACCAAACUUAUUCAAUGGAAGGCUAAACAAAAAAGAACAUGAAAAAUCAACCAUAACUACAAUCUCUAUUACGUAAACUUAAUACAAUUUUAAAUGACAAUACUAUUAAACGACGGAGUUCGUCUUGUGAUUGUUUUCCAAAACUCUAUCUUGAUUAAACGUAUAUUUAAAACAAAGAAUUAUAAGCAAAUCAGAAACGUCUAUACACGUGAUGAGGCGCGUUUUGGUGGAAUGCACGCAGCAGGCGACGGCGGUAGGACGGUAGGAUAGCAAACAGGAGCGGGAAAAGGGUCUGCCAGAUAUCUCUGAGCAUCAAUCGGAACGGUCUGGUGUACUGAUAGGAACUAAUUUUCAAUUUUUGCAAUCGCUUGCCUUAUGAAAUACUAUCGAAUAUUAACAGUAAAUACUCAUUACUAGUCUUCUGCUAUACGUUAGGGCCAAUUCAUUCUUCAGUUAUAGUUAGGCAUCACUAGCUGACAGGUCCUAGCCUGUGCUAGAGUACACGCUGUUAGCGCCAUACUGUGUUGUGGAAUUAGCAUUAGAAGAAACCUCCCCCAUACAUUGGAGAAACGAUUGUGACAUUGCGAAGUAUGCAAUCCGCACGACGGCAACAGCCUAACAAGAGCGCUGUCAUCCGGAAGCUGUCAAGCCCCUCCUCCUGUUAAGCUGCCCACAGCUCGUGUCAGCUUUUUUUUUACCACCCACAUGAGGAUGUGUUGUCCUUCUGUGUGCUUUAGACUGUCGUAGACACUCACACCCCCUUACCCUUCAUUUGCCUGCUGCCAAACACCAUCCGCAACCCGGGGCGGGGUACACGAUUUGUGUGCUGGUCAAAUCGGUGGGCUUUGUAGUGCUGGGUAGGUCGUGUUUAGUGUAUCACCAGGUGACAAUUUACACACUAGCGGCAGCAAGUAGUAGACUAAUCAAUGGCGAACGUAACUGGCGUCAAAGUGUGUGUGUAACAUUCGAUGUGUUAUGUUUUAUUUGAAACAGUUGUAUUGUGAAAGGUAAAGCAGGUUAACGUACGGUGCGCACUGUUCUGCGGAAUAGUUGUUUUAAGAAAAAACAAAAAACAAAAACCAAACCCCAUAUGAAUAGAUAUACAAUAAUUAUAGAUAUAUACAUAUGAUAUAUUAUAUUUUUCCGUAGCCGACGUUAAACAAGUUGGACGCGUGAAGCGUUACGUUUUUUUCCUUCGUGUAACGGCAAUGGCAGUGAAUUGGUGUUCGUGUUAGUGAACGAUGCGCAGAUGCAUCACUUAGUUACAGUAACGUCAUCUUGCGGAGAAGCACGACCAGUCUCUCGUUCGUCAUUUGUUGUGUUCCCUUUGAUCACUUUGAUCCUUCUCCUCUUUCCGUUUCUUUUAUCUAACCCUUGUUCUCCCUUCCCUUGUUACCCUUGUUACGCAGAUAACACUAGCUGGUCGUAUAGUUAUACAACAAUUUAGGCAAAAUAGAAAUCGUGAGAGAGAGAAACAAAAAAAACACAAUUGAGUAAAAGGUGUAAAAUUUUCAACAAAAACAAUGUGAUGUCCUGGGAAGAUGUGAAUACUCGCCACAAGAACAGGACGCCUAUGCAAAAUGUUUCUCCCAAAAGUCCUGUUUUUUCCGUUUAGAUAGGACAAAAUAAUCAUCUUGCAUCCACUGCUCUCUUCGAGCCAAGGAUCGAUAAGGCAUACGAAACAAUAUUAAACCAACUCAACCUGAUUCUGAUGGUUAAAACUUGUCGAAAAAAAAGAGAAAUAUUGAAUUAAUCGGAAAAAAAUACAAAAAACAGCAUCCCUCACACAGACCCGUGCGGUAACAAUCUGUCUAUCAGACAGACAGAGUCAAUGAUUUUGAUAGAAUUGAAGAUAAUCGCAACAAUUAACAAAAAAAAAGAAAAGGAAAACAAACCAAAAUAAUAACGCGUUGCAUUUACACAUACGAACACAUAAACACAACUUAGCUCGAAAGUGUAUGAUACAACUAGACAAUUUUAAAUUGCCACUUACCGGUAACCGGGUGGGACAGAUACCGGCGAGUAGACAGGUAUUCUGUAAUGCAGAAUCAAACAACCACUCACACACAUACCGAGAAGUCAGAAACAGAAAGGAGAAAUAGAAACAGUAACUAUUGGGAUAUGUUUGUUGUUUAUUUGGUUAAGUUUCUUGUACCGGAAAGAAGUUGAUUUGUUUUAUUUUAUUUUUGUGAAGAAACAAUCUUUGAAAUAAUUCAGGUGAGUUAAUUACCUUCAUAUAAAGUUAGUUAUUUCCUGUCAAGUGUUUUAUUAUGAGUGAAGAAGGUUUUUAAAAUUCUUUUUGCUAAUAUAUUGUGAUAUUUUCAUUAUUUUAAACAGGUUCGAAUCAACUUUACGCUCUGCUUCGUAGCUGUAGUUCAUCAGAGCAAAUGUCACUUACUGUGUGUGGCUCAAAGCGUCUGUUCUGUUUCUCUCGAAUCAAUCCUUUCGCCAGAGCAAGGCGGUUUCCGAUCUUUUCCUCAAAAGGAUUGGAUCGUGAAAAAAGGUUAAACUGGGACAAACAGCACCACCAAAGGUCUGGGUGUAAUCGAUACGCAAAACGGAUGACUUCUUGCCCCUGUAAUACGAUACCGAGUGGAUGAGAAAAAAUCUGGCAUGUGCUGAUUUUUAAACAUGGUAAGAAAAAGACGCAAUGCGAAAGCAUUUCCAUCGUAAAAAAUG